AUGUCGGUGGUGGUUGAUGUGGCACAGCUUUCGCUGAAAAGCUGCAAAGGGUCUCAAAUGAAGUUAGAAACGCUUAAUAAUGGAAAUAGGUUGAGACGCUCUCAUUCUUCUUCUUCUUCUUCUUCUUCCUCUUCCUCCUUCUUCUUCUUCUCCCCCUCCUCCUCCUCUUCCUCCUCCGCCUCCUCCUUCUUCUUCUUUUUCGUUAUUGUUGUUGUUCUCAUCUUUAUCUCUAUCCAUACCAUUUUCUCUUGUUCUUUUCUUCCAUUUCUUCUCUUCGUCUUCCUCCUCCUUCUUUUCGCUUUUUUUUUUUUAACUCUAUUCUUUUCGUCGUUCUUUUUUCCCCCAAAUUUCCCUUUCACUGCUUCUUUUUAUCGUCCUUCCUCUUCUUUUAAUUAUUGUCUUAAUUCUUCCUCCAAAUUUGAUUCCUUUUCAAAUCAUCGUGUAUUUCCUGUUUUUCUUCUCUCUCUCUCUUUCUUUUUUCUAUUUACUCAACUCGUCCUUCUUCCAAGUUGUAUUCCAAUUUUUAUCUUUCUUUUCUUUCUCUUUAUCUAUUCCCUACAUUCUUUUAUCUAUUUUCUUCUUCAUCCUUCUUCUAAUUUUUCUUUCAUUGCUUCUUCUUUUGCUAUUAUCUUUUUAUGUACUUCAACGUCAUCUUUUUUUAAUAAAUUUCUACUGCAUUUAUUCCGCUUCUUCUUGCUCACAUCUUGUUUUUUUUUAUUUUUCUUACCUUUUCAUCUCCAUUACCAUCAUCCUCAUUUUCUUCUUCUUCUUCUUCUUCUUCUUCUUCUUCUUCUUCUUCUUCUCUUUUUCUUCUUCUCCUCCUCUUUUUCUUCUUCUUUUCCUUCACAUUUUUCUAUAGAUAAAUCUAUUCUUCUUUCUCUUUCCUUGUAUCCAGAGGAUUCUUCCUCUUUUCUUAUUCCUUGUAUAUUUUUCUCCGUUCAUUUUUUUUUAUUUUUUUUCUCCUUCCUUCAUUUUGAUUUCUUUUUUUUUGUCUUUCUUCCAUUAUUAAUUUUCUUCUUCCUUCAGUUUCUGAUUUCUUCUUUUUUCUUCUUCCUUCAUUUUCUGAUUUUUUUCUUCCUGUCUCUGCAUUUUCCUUUUCGCUUUCCUUCAUUUUACAAUUCUAUUCGUUCAUCAUUUUUUUCUUUUUUUCUUUUUUCUAAUUCUUCUUUCUUCAUUUUUUCAUUCAUUUUUUUCUCCUUUCUUCAUUUUUUUUAUUUUUUUCGUCUUCUUCUUCAUUCUUUUUCUGUUUGCUUCUUCCUCAUCUUCUCAUUUCUUCUUUUUCUUCUUUCUUCAUUUUUUCAUCAUUUUUUCUUCUUGCUUCAUUUUCUGAUUUCUUUUUUUCUUCCUUCAUUUUCUAAUUUCUUCUGUUUCUUCUUCCUUUAUUUUAUUUUUUUUAUUUCUCUUAAUUCCUUUUUUUUGAUUCCUUCUUUUCUUCGCUAUCUCCAUGCCUUUUUUCGUCUACUUUUUCAUUUACCGCAUUCUGUCUUCUUUUUCUUAUUCCUUUUUAAUCUUCUACCCUUUCUUAUCAUUCAAAAUGUCCCUUCUUUUGCUUCUCUUAUCUUUAUGUAUUGUUCUUCAUUUCAUUUUCUUUUUUACAUUUUCUUUGUAUAUUUUGUCUUUUUCCUCCUCCUCCUCCUCCUUCUUCAUCUUCUUUUUCUUGUAUUUCUUCUUCUCAUUCUCGUCGUUUUUGUCAUCAUUCAUUCAAGUUUGCCUUUUCUUUCAAUUCUCCGUCUUUUGAAUUUUUACUUGUCACUAACUUUUGAUCUCCAUUAUCUAUUUCUUCAUUGCAAUUCUCUACUUCUAUUUUUGAUAUCCCCUAUCAAUAUCUAUCUAUCUAUCUAUCUAUUUAAUAUGGUCUGUUCAUGUCUAUCUAUUUAUGUCUAUCUCUAUAAUGUUCGGUUCAUAUCUAUUUACGUAUCUAUCAUGGUCUGUUUAUAUCUAUCUAUCUAUCUAUCUAUCUAUCUAUCUAUGUCGGUCUGUUCCUAUCUAUGUAGCUAUUUCAGCCUGUUCAUUAUCUAUCUAUCUAGCUAG